AUGGAUAGAAUUCUAUACGCUUCGGCGAUAGGAGCUAUCAUGUACGCCGUGCAGUGUACUCGGCCAGAUGUAUCGUUAGCAUUGAGUCUAACGAGUAGAUACCAGUCUGAUCCAGGUGAGCCACACUGGAUAGCCGUAAAGAACAUCCCGAAAUACCUGAUAAGGACUAAGGAUGUGUUCUUGCUUUACAGUGGACAUGAAAAUGAACUCGUUGUAAGUGGUUACACUGAUGCUAGUUUUCAGUCCAAUGUGGAUGACUUUCGAUCGCAAUCAAGUUUUGUGUUCAUUCUUAACGGAGGCAUUGUUAGUUGGAAGAGUUCCAAACAGGGCACCAUUGCAGAUUCCACUAUAGAGACUAAGUAUGUUGCUUCAUCGGAUGCAACAAAGGAGGUUGUUCAGAUCAAGAAGUUCGUUGGAGAUCUUGAUGAGAUUCCAUCAACGGGACGAGGGCUACCUCCGGGACCCCGUGGAUGGCCAAUCUUCGGGAACUUAGGUGGGAUGAUCACGAACCGACCGGUUUUCAGGUGGAUCAACCGAGUCAUGAACGAAUUGAAAACCGAGAUAGCUUGUUUCCGGUUCGGCAAUGUCCACGUCAUCACCAUUUCAUCCGACGAGAUUGCUCGUGAAGCCCUUAAGGAGAAGGAUUCAGUUCUCGCAGAUAGACCGGAGUCAUACUCAACUUCAGCGUUAUGCAGCGACUUGAAAACGCUAGUUUUCUCUAACUACGGAGACCAAUGGGUGAAGAUGAAAAGAGUGAUGAUGUUAGAGUUGAUGACACCUGGAAGACUGAACUGGUUACUUGAUGCAAGAACCUUGGAAGCCGAUAAUCUCCUUGCCUACGUUCACACCCUUUACAAACGGUCCAAGACGAUAAACGUUAGAGAAAUUGGGAGGACUUAUGCUUACGCCGUCAUGAUGAGAAUGAUGUUUGGUCGGAGGUAUCUCAAGGAAGUGUCCACAGUGGAUGGAAGCUUGGGACCAAUGGAGAGAAAACACAUGGACGCCAUAUUCAAAUCUUUGGACUGUUUCUUUAGCUUUCAGGUAUCAGACUUCAUCCCGUGUCUAAGGGGUUGGGGUUUGGACAUACAUGAGAAGAAGGCAAGAGAAGCAUGUGACGCCAUUGCUAACUGCAACGCUCUAGUUAUCGAUGAUAGAAUCAAGUUGUGGAGGGAGAGAGAAGGAAAGAAUGAUGUCGAAGAUUGGCUCGAUGUCUUAAUCUCUCUUAAAGAUUUCGAAGGGAAGCCAUUGCUUACACCUCAAGAAAUCAAAGGUGAAUGCAAGGAUGUUUGUGUCGCAUCGUUGGAUAAUCCGGCAAAUAAUGUGGAAUGGACACUUGCCGAGAUGUUAAAUCGACCUAAGACUCUUAAAAGGGCUGUGGACGAACUCGACAGAGCAGUCGGAAAAGACAGACUUGUGCAAGAAAGUGACAUACCGAAUCUCAACUACAUAAAAGCUUGUUGCAGAGAGUCUUACCGACUUCAUACCGUUGCUCCAUUUUUACCCCCUCAUGUAGCUACUGAGGACACAUCCCUCGGGGGAUAUUUGGUCCCAAAAGGUAGUCAUGUGCUGGUGAAUAGGAUCCUGUUGGGUCGGAACCCUAAGAUUUGGGAGGAUCCGGAGGUCUUCAAGCCAGAGCGCCACCUCAAUGGGGACGGUUGCUCGGAGAAGGUGAGUCUGAUGGAGGCGGAGAUGCGGUUCGUGACGUUUGGUACAGGUCGUCGUGGUUGCAUAGGUGCUAAGGUUGGGACAUACAUGACAGUGAUGUUGUUGGCUAGGCUUCUCCAGGGGUUCACUUGGAAGCUCCCUCCGA